CAAAGCAAUAAACAUACAUCAUUAUCAUUAUCAUUUGAAAUAGCUUCCCUUUAUACAGCCAAGUCAUCGACCACCAUGUCCGAAGGCCAUCACCACCAGCAUCACAAAGAAAAUCCGGCCAGCGAGAUUGACUACAAGAAGGAAGAGAAGCACCACAAGCAUAAGGAAAAUCUCGGAAAAUUAGGAGCUGUUGCUGCUGGCGCCUUCGCAUUGCAUGAGAAGCACAAGGCGAAGAAAGAUCCAGAACAUGCACACAGUCAUAAGAUAAAGGAGGAGAUUGCAGCCACUGUUGCAGUUGGAGCUGGUGGCUAUGCGUUUCAUGAGCAUCACAAGAAGAAAGAAGCCAAGAAGAAAAGCCAAGAGGCUGAUGGAAAGAAGCAUCACCAUUUCCUUCACUGAUAUAUAUAUAUAUAUAUAUAUAUAUAUUAGCUUAUGAAGAAUAUAUAUAUUUAUAUAUAUAUUGAUCCGGGGAGCUCAACUUCUUGCUGGAUUUGUUCUGUUCUGUACUAUAUAUAUGCUCUUCUGAUUCGUACAAGGUAUUACACUAUUCAGUGUUCCUACACAAAGUAGUAAUACCUUGCAGUAUUAGGAGAGGAUAUGUAAGAACAGAUUAGGAGAGAAGCUGAAUUCAUAACUGGAUAAUAAUCAUAGUCCCUAUUUUUUUAUUUUAUUAAUUUGUUUGUGUGUAUGUAUUUGCUUUAUAUACAAGGAGGAGUUUUGUGAUAUAUGUAUGAUUAUUUAUUUGUAUGACUUUAUAUAUAUGUAUGUGUGAAAUACAAAUUUGUGUCUGAUCUAUUCGACAAUUGUUUUCUGGUGUUGCUUUGGAUUUGCUUCCCCUUA